AUGGAAGGAGACGCGCCAAUUUCAAAAGCGCCGUCGUCAGAUGAUCCAGCUCCGCCAGCAACAGCCGCCAAAGAUGAGGAAAUUGACAAGGGUGGCUGGUGGAGUAGCUGGACGCCUCUAGCGAAGACUAUUACAGAUGUCAGUUCCAACCUGUCAAAAACUGUCUCCCAGGGAUUGGAAAUGGCAAACCAAGUCCUCGACAAAGAAAUUGAAAUCGAAAUUGACGUGGAUAAAAUGGUCAAUGCCACGAAAAACAUUGCAAAUCAAACCGUCCAAACUUCCAAGACUAUUUACGAAAAAUCGUCAGAACUGUCAAAAGUAGUUGCUCAAGAUGUGACAGAUUUAACAGGAGCACUUGUUGAAGAUUCUGUCGAGACCUAUUCUGCCUUUUCUGAAGCUACGAGGAGUACUAUUGAACAGGUGAGCGGAACGAAAACUGCUGAAACCGCCAGUGCUAUGAAAAAUUCUGUAUUUGGUGCCCUCAACGCUAUUUCGUCUGCCAUUCUCGCCGAUAGCUCUGAUUCUGAAUCCGAAGAUGGAAAAACAAAAUCAGCCCUCUCCGGUCCAGCCGCCCGUCUCGCCAACCUCCGUGUCAAUCCAGCUACUUACUGUAACGAAGCAGAAGACAUGGUGCACUUUCUCCAGUGGACGGAGAAUUUUAACGUCGAGGGGCAAGAAAUCAAGACUGAAAUCUCCGACGUCAUGGUCGAAUGUCCCGAAGUUCGGGCGCUCUACUCCAAGUUGGUGCCAAGUGCAGUCGCUCAUAAUGACUUCUGGACGCGGUAUUUCUACAAGCUUUCGCUGUUGGAAACAGCUGAAAUGAAGAGAUCGGCGCUGGUAGAACGCGCCACUACAGACGAAGAAGAAGACCUCGAGAGUUGGGGCGACUCGGACUCGGAAACUGACGAACCAGAGACUCAGGAGGAGUUGCCAACCGUUGAAGAAGCGAAUAAACAGUUUGAUGAGGAAAAAUCUGAAAAGCCCGAAGCGAAGAAACCCGAAGAAAAGAAAGCUGAAGAAAAGAAACAAGAAGAAAAUAAAGAAUCAGAAGAGAUCAAAACUCAAGAAACUUCAAGCAACAGCCAGAAAAGCGAGAAAAACACCGUUACCGAAGAAUUGAAAGACGCUGCCAAGGAAGAGGAACCAGCUCCAGCAGCUGCGACUCGACAAGAGAGUCAAACACCUUUGAGCAAUCCAGAUUCGAAGGAAUCGUGGACAGCAGUGGACAAAAGUGAAUCCGACGAUUGGGAGCGCGAGUUCGACCUGGAAAUGACCGAAGAAGAGAUCGAAAAAGCGCUGAAAAACGAGGUUAGCCCAAUGAAAAUACCGCUCAAGUUUUUAAAACUUUAUUUCAAAAAGAAUGAAACUUCCAAAAACGUAAAAGAAGAUGACGACGAUGGCGAGCUAGAUGACUGGUCGGAUGACGAAUGA